AUUUCUACCUCGUUCCAGUGUAUAUAUACAUAUAUUUCAAUAGGAGCUGACCCGGCUGACCGUCUUUUCCUCCUGCCUCCUGCCGCGUUUACAACACGCGUUUUCGCUCGCAAACGUCGCAUAGCUGAUUAUCGACGGCCGACGCGGAGGGAGCGCAUGUAUCGAGUGCACAUUCUUGUGGCUCCGCGCUCAUUGGCGCUUCGGUGGCGAAUCGUCGCCGCGCUCGGGGUCAGGUAACCGCCGUUUCAAAUUGAAAUAACCGAUCCGGCGAGGAGUCGGGCAGACUGGCAGCAGGCAGCAGGCAGAGUCAGGCAGAGUCGAGUGAGGGAUCGCUGGCGACGCUGGCUGGAAAGACGCAGUGUUUGGCGCGAUCGAACGUGGUCCGCGUGGUUUUGUCUUCGCGCGAGCGGGAGGCGCACGCGAACGGAACGACGACAACGGGAACACCUGUGCAACGGUCGUUCGACAGCGGCUCCUGAUCGCGCCGAUCGCGCAUAUUCCGCACCGGCGAACAUCGCCCGGCAACGAUUCUGUCGCGGCGAAUCCGUCGGAUCUCGUUCGUUGAUUGAGUUGAUUCCUGAGUACGCUGUACGGCAGGCAACUUCUACGUGCGUGAGCGCGCGCGACACGACGAAAUGUCCUUCUCCAAGGCGAGGAUACAGCGGUUCAACGAACUUGGAAGUGACGCACCUCCACCAGGCGCUUAUGAUCCGAAAUUUGACAGUAAGGUGAAAGGAUCCGUUAUUGAGAAGUCCGAUAGGUUUUUAGAUAAUAAAAGUACAAGCAGCGCGGAAUGCAGUGCCUCUACCGCAUCAAUAAAAAGCAAUGCGACGACUCCCCUUUUCCGAAUGCCUCAACCACCAUUGAAACGAUUGGUCACGAAAUCGACGGGGUUGACUUAUCCCAAAUUAAAAACUGCGCAAUUAAUCAAAGUUCAAAGCAUGAAAUAUGAAUCCAAUCAGCAACUUGCGGAUCUUCAAGUAGAAUGUUCGAACAAGGAUAAGACUAUACAGGAACAUGAGAAGCACAUCGAGGAUAUGAAAGAUGAGAUACAGAAAUUGGAAGCCGAAUUGGAGGAGCUGCGUAAGAAACAAAAUGAAAUAGAAACGCAACAUAUGAAAGAUAUAGAAACAAUGGCUAAGUUGCAACAGGAUGUAAUAAAUAACCAUGAUGAUAAACAUCAGGCAGAAUUGCAGGUACUUCGCUCUCAAUUAUUAGAAAUGACCAAGGAAAAAGAGCAAGAGAUUUCAACGCGAAAAGUAAUAGAAACGGAACUCAGAAGUCGUGCGGCUGAACUAUCGAAAAGAAUAACAACACUGGAAGCUGAGUUGUCUGCAAAGAAAGAAGAGAACAGAACAAAGAUUGAAGCUCUUGAAACGCGCAUUGGAGAAUUGUUAAACAAAUUGGAAAAAACUAAACAGGAUCACGAUAUGGAAAUAGGAUUAUUACAAAAAGAAAAAUGUCAACUCGAUGUCUGUGUCACGAAUUUAACUCAAGAACAAUCUGAUCUUGAAUCUAAAUUGGAAAUGAGGCAGAACAAAAUUGCGGAACUUGAAGCUCAAUUAUCUGCUCUGCAGUGUGAAUUACAUGAACUUAAAACGCAAUACGGAAAGCUUGCCAACAAUUACCUUGAUAAAUUUUCUGAUUUUGCUAACAAACACGAGGAAGAAAUUAAACAUAUAAAAAAUGACUUUCAAAAAGAAAAAGCCGAGUUCUUGAUAGAAAAUGAAAUUUAUAAGACACGCGCAUCAAAAAUGGAAACAAAAGCAAAUGAAAUGGAAGAAAAAAAUUAUUCCCUUACGGAAGAAUUGAAAAAUCUUCAAAGAUAUCAUAAAGAUGUGACUCAACGUUUACAAGAAGCUCAAAAUGAAUUAGAAGUUUCAAAUGAGAGACAUACCAUUAUGAUAGAAAAAUAUAAAAGGGACUUGAAUGAUAUGACAAAUAUGCACACGAAAAACACAUUAAAACUGGAGAAAGUAUUAGAAGAUGCUGCAGAUGAAUAUUUAAAAGAAUUGGAAAAUUUUACCAAGGCGAAAGAUAAAGAAAUAGAAGAAUUAAAACAAGCUUGCGCUAAGAAAAUUGAAGAGGAAACCGAGCGGAUAAUGAAGAAUGCCCAGAAAAUAAUCGAAAAAGCGGAGGCUGAUAAACAAGACGUAGUAGUAGCAUGUCGCACCGAGAGCAAGAAACAGGUGAAAAAAACGAUUGUUGAAUGUGAUGCGAAAGUCAGCGCCAUGGUCGAAGAAGCGCGAAAUACCGUGGAAGAGGAGAUGCGACUUGCUAACGACAGAUAUAAAACAUGUUUGCUUCGCAUGGAAGUAGAGCGUGCUGCAUUAGACGAAAAACUUUCGCAAAGAGAUGCUGAAAUCACGAAACUUUCCAUGACACUCGAGACACUUAGAUCAUCCGCGGAAACACAGGAAAGUUUUAGUCAAAGUUUGCAACAUGAGCUGGAUAAAGCAGAAAGCGAAUUGGCGGACAAAAAACAAGAAUUGAGAGCUUUAAAAGAUCAUAUUAGAACAGAAGCGGCCGAAAUGGUUGCUAGGAAGAAAAGAUUUGAGCUAAUUAUGGCUGAAAAUCAAGCAUCCGUUGCUGCACUUGCUAAUCGAUUGGCUCAAAGCAACGCUGAAGUGGAAAGAUUACAGUAUGAAGUCAAAUGUAGUGAAAAUUGCAUACGCGAACACAAGGAACUGCUUAGUGCGAUGCGUACCAACUCACAAUUGGUGCACGAACAAGUUCACUCUUUCAUGAGAGAGUUAGAUGCUCACAGAGAUUUAGUAGAUCAGCAUCAAUCUGGUAAUUUGUCUCAAUUUGAUUCGAUAAAAUCUCUCUUUGAGGCAAAAAUCGAAAAUCUAAAAGAGAAAGCCGCAAAGGAAAUUUCAAGACUUGAGGAUGACACUAGACUGAAAUCUGUAUUAAAUAAUGAGUUGAAAACACAACUCGAUGAAAUGUCUAAAAGUAUCAGUGAGGCACAAGGAGCAAUACUCAUAUUGGAAGAACAAAAUGACGCUAGAGAAAUCGACAUUUCACGGAUGGAGUUAGCAAAUAACAAACUUUUGGAGGAAUUAAAGAGUCGCGACAAAGCGUUAGAAGAAAGUAAGCGAUUACUUCAAGAUCAAGCAAUGCAGCAUAAAAUUAUUCUAGACGAAACAACUUGUCGAAUAGAAGGCCUUUCUAAAAAAGCUAAGCAAUGCGAAGAAAUAGAAAAAACUGCAAAGGAAACCGCUUUAUUAUUAGAGCAAGAACGAAUAAAAUGGAAAUCUUUGGAAAAUGAACUUAGGCAGCAGCUCAAAAAGGAAAUAACAGAACGUGAAGAAGUUGAACAAAAGGCCACCAAAUAUGCAGCAUUGAAUGAGGAACUUAAGAAGACUAACGCGGGAAUUAUUGAACAAUACGCUGACGUAAUCGGGCAUCAGAAUCCUAAGCAAAAGAUCAAACAUGUUAUUCGGCUAAAAGACAAAAACCUCGAGUUGGAACAGGAAUUGCAAACCAAGACCAGAUUAGUGGAACAACAACAAAAGACCAUAGAAAAGUUAAAAGCAGAAGAAAAGAGAUCUCAUUGGAAAGGCAAGGAAAAUAUAGGAAUGGUACAUUCGACCCCUAUUUCGUCUCCGCACAAAACAUUGACGCCAUUAAGAGAUCGAAACGAUUAAUCUCAAGCAAUAGUUCAAUAGCUUAUUUUCUUAAAUUAUUAAUCUAGAUUGUGCAGACAUUCGAAUCGACUCGUGCUCAAAUAAUUUCCUACAGAACUAGAAAAACAAUUGCCGCGAUGGUUAUUAACUUUACCUGUGUUGUUAAAAAAAGAGAAUAUAUAAAACUUAAAGAGAAGAAAAAUGUAUAUUUUUUAUAAAAAUUACAAAAUUAUUAUUGUUGAUACUGUUAAUUUUGCCAUUAUAUAUUUCAAUCAUAAAUGAAGCAGAUAUACUGUCGACAGCACGUUAUAAAAAAUAUUUGUAAUGUAUUUUACAUUUUAUGUAAUUUGUAUAUGAUACCAUGACAUAUUAUAUUUUAUGCGCGGUUAUUGUGUACGAACGGAU